AUGAAAGAGAAAGAACCGCGUGAAACGUGCGAAAAUUUAUUAAGAAUGAAUAGAAAAUCAUGUUUGAGUAAAAGUAUAAUGAAUGAAAUUUUAAAAGAAUUUUCACGUGUUCUGCCAUUUCCAAAUAAUCUACCUAAUUCAUUCGAUAAAUUAUUAGACAAUGUAGAUCACAUUUAUCAAAAAGCACUGAAGAAACAUCGUGAACAAGGUGACUGUCCAUUUAUUAGCUUGCAGCUGCAUUUAGAUGGAUUACCAUUAGUCAAGAGUUCAAAAUUGGGUUUAUGGGCCUUAAGCUCUACAGUAAUCGAGCUACCUUCUCAUAUCCGUUAUAGACGUCGAAAUACGUUGUUACUAUCGGUAGUUGUGGGCUAUGGGAAGCCAGAUAUCAAUAAAUGGCUGAAUCCUAUCGUUCGAGAAUUAACGGCAAUCCAAGAAAAUGGAUUAGUAAUCAAACAACGAAUUGGUGAUGAGAUAACGGUUCAAUGUUUUUCAAGUAUUUUUAAGUCACGCCUUCGUCCACCCUUAGCUUCAUAA